AUGUCAGAGCAGGAGAGUGAAGCAAGUGUCCCUCCCGAGUCAGAGGAGAAUCAAGCAGUACCAGAACUUGAAGAGAAUCAGGAUGAAACACGGAAUGAGGAACACAAGGAUGACGCAUUAUCGGUGUCAGAGGACCAAGGACAGCCAGGAACCGAGACUGAAGCCUUACCAGGAGUGAGCACCUCUGUGGACCAAGGAGAACAAGGGAGCAAGGAUGAACUCGUACAAGGAGUGAGCAUCUCAGAGGACCAAGGGGAAGCAAGGACCGAGGAUGAAACCUUAUCAGGAAUAAGCACCUUUGUGGACGAAGGAGAAACAGGGAACAAGGAUGAACCUUUACCAGUAAUAAGCACCUCUGAGAACCAAGGAAAACCUGGGACCGAGGAUGAACAAUUACCAAGUGUAAGCACUGCAGAGAACCAAGGAGAAACAGGGAAUGAUGAUUUGACUGAACCUGAAGUAAACAUCCCAGAGGCUCAAAGAGAACCAGGGAAUAACGAUGAACCCUUACCAGCAAUAAGUGCUUCUGAGGACGAAGGAGGACAAGGGACCGAAGAGGAAACAGCCAAUGAGAUCAUUUCAGAAAUAAAGAAUUUUGAUGACCAAGGAGCGUCAGGGAUUAACGAGGACCAGGAAAAGGAGAACUUAGAAGGAGUAAAGCCUUCAGAUGGAGAAACAGGAGCCGUUGAGGAGCAAGUUAAUAGCGCUGGACCAGGGCAAGAAUCUCAGGAUGAACAGAGCCUCUCGGAACUUGGCAUUCAGGCGCACAGCACCACAACCAUGGAGCUGAUGUCAUCAGACCCCGACACUAACCUGCUGUUCACUAAUACGGAUUCAGAGUUGGAAGAUAUGACUCACGUCAUCAAUGUGAGCCUGAUAACUGAUGAUGGUGCUCAUCAGAACGUGCCAGAGGAGACUGAGCUCCCUUAUAUGCAGAAGCCCUUUUUGGGCGGCUACAGGCACAAGCUGACGGGCACCGAGUACCACCACGCCAGUGCUCAAACACCACGCAGAGCGAGACCCGGCCGAGGGGUCGAUAUAGUCAGCCGUGAUACUCAGACUGCUGAGCAGGUGCUUCAGGCGCAGCAGUGUCCAUCCAGCGUGACCACACAGAUGACAAGCGUGGGCUGCUACAUCUCUAACCUUACUGACAAGUUGCUUAGUCCGGGGCGCUACAUCACAGCAGAUGAGUAUCAUGAGGCCAGGCUCAAUGCUGUGAUUCGUCUGCAGGCGCACACACGGCGCUGGCUCAGCUGCCAAGCCGUGGACCGUCUGAGGCGACAACGUGACCGUCGUCUGGCCUGGUUAGAUCUACAGGAGCGCAGGAGGCACGAGGAAAGGGAGGAGCAACAACAAGACUGCCACAACCGCUGGAUGCAACCGCGGAAGAGGGAGGACCUCAACCUACUCUACAACGCCCUAGAGAAGUGGAGGAUCGACAAGGAGCGUCAGAUCAACCAGACGAUGCGAGGGGCUGAGAGGAAAGCGGCCCUAUGUUCGCUCCUCGAGCAGGAGACUCAGUACAUCGCCUCCAUUGGACGCCACGGCAUUGCCAUAUGGAACAACAAUUACAACAAAACUGUCAGGAAGUUCCUGGACAAGUCAUCGGCACCUCAUCAGUGGCGGGGGGCGGACGGUCGGAUGAUAGAGAUGGACACACCCAACACCAUCCGAGCCAGAGAGCUGGGCGAUCUGUACGACUGUGUGGCCAUGUCGCCAGUCAGCCAGGAACAGAGGCUUGGCAUCCUACAGUGCCUCAAACAAACAGUGGAGGUGUAUCCAUGCCAACUGACUCAGGACAUCGUGGAGCUGAUCUCCAGGGAGGAGGACCUGAUGAAACGGCAGGUGAAGGUGUCCAACCUGGAAGGUCUGAGAAAGAGACUGUCCACCCUUUUCCUGCAGUUCAUUCGCACGCCAGGAUUCAAUCCAGAAGUGGCCAAGCACCUCAAGGUACCCCAGAGCACCUCACAGCUGAAGAACGACGUGUUCCUCUGCCACAGCUGUCAGCGCUACCUCGGCUCGACCCACUUCCGCUCCUGCACUCGGAGUCACUUGAGCCGCCGCUGUCAGGAUUGUGCGCGGCUGAAGAAUAUAGCUGGGAAUCGAGACGACUUCUCCUGUUACAAGAACAUGCUGAAGAGGUUGAGGGAUGGCGAGCUGCACCUCAACAAGGACAACACUAUUCCCUUCAUCCUGCAGGUGGAGGACAUUCAGCACCUGGUGGAGGUGAUCUGGGGGGCCCGCUCGGCCCUGAGCGGUAACAGUGAUUUGUUCAGCCUGGUUCUGGUCCGCUGGGAACGGGAUAAGGAUUGGAGCCCCUGGAACUGCGUCCUGCUCUGUACAGACGAGACAGACGCUCACCUCCAGGUGGAGGACAUAUACAAGGUGUAUGACAUUCCUGUGAUCAGCAGCAUUGAACACAAACACCUGUUGGCCCGCCGCUACUAUAAUCAGAUUCCCACCAUGGUAACGCAAUCGGCCAAAGCGGCCCUCAUCAAACGUGGAACGCGUAGGAUCCCAUAA